GUCUAAUAUUAGCGUGUGAUGAAGUUGAAGCAUUGAUCUCCUUGUGGGCCCUUUGUCAAAAUGAUGAGAGCGAGUAGAGCCAGCGCAAAACAGUUGCACGGGACGGUUGGGACACUUCUAUGCAGACCUGGUGCUGUGAGACGACGACGCGCUCGGCAACACCAAUGUUGGAUGUCGGAGAGACGGAAACAUUGCUUUAUUUUUACGGCAACAAACCAGCUUAAGGAGCCUUCUAAGUUGCAGACGACAAUGCUGGCUGAGAUGAAUUUUUUACCAGGACCCGCUGCGUUUCAGAUUUCACGAAGCGCUCCUCAGUGUAUUCCAAGUCGCUGCUACUCGUCAGAGCAGCGCGCACGACACACGUCUGGCGAGUGGGUUGAGUCUUCAACAAGGCUCGGGAGUCCGGCUUUGCGUGAUGGCUUCAUGUCGUUCGACGAAGCGCGGAGGUACGUGCGAACACUCGACUUGCAGAGUUGCCAGGAGUUUCAUUGUUGG